UUCGAUUCCUAAUUCUUGCGAAGUGUCCAACAGCACCGAGAUGAUGAAGGUAGAACCCUCGUGAACAUAAUCAAUAAUAUCCUCUUUUUCCGUGAUAUGCCGGUUAAGAAAUUUACUCUAGAGAGUUUAUGUACUGAUCCUAAGCUGCGACAGUCUGAUGUUGAUAGGUGGUGUCGUUUUCUGUCAAGGAAUGGUGUGGAGGAACUGAACAUAUGUUUAUAUAAUUAUCUAGAGCCAGAAUAUCAGUUGCCAUUUUGUUUACUCUCUUGCAGGACAAUUAAGCAACUGAUAGUCACACGUCUCUUUAUUGAUUUGCCUGUAAAUUCUUAUGAUAUAUUUUCCAAUGUCACUUUAUUAGCUUUCUUGCGAGUUCAAUUUAAGUGCAGUGUUAAUGGAAUUGCCUCUAGUUUUAGUAUUCCUAAGCUUGAAAAGCUGGCUUUCGAGCAUUGUAUAGGGAUCAGUGAGUUUGAGAUCAGCCCUCCAAAGCUUGAAAUCUUGUCUGUUCUUGCUUCUAUUGGUGGUCAUGUGCUUGAGUCGAGAUGGUUGGCGCUGCAUUUGAAAGUCAUUAAGACUCUUGGGUUGUGUGGCACUUUGGUGUUGUGUAUGGAUGUAUCUAUGUUUCCAACUUCAUUAAAUCUGCAAGUGAUGAAGCUGUAUGAAAUAAGUUUUGGUUGUGGGAGGCAGCUCACCGGUGUUAUGCAAUUGCUUACAAAAUGCCCCAACCUAUGUGAACUGCACAUUAUAGCAGAUAAGGGUUGGGAGGAUGAUGAUAAAGAAGCUGCUUCAAGGCUUUUGGAGGAUCCGGAUGGUUGCUUAGUUAUUCAGGAGCUGAAGAUGCAGAUGCUUAACACAAUCCAGAUUGAAUCAUUCAAUGGAUCUGCAUUCGAAAUGUUUUUUAUGAAACUGUUGCUCUCAAAAUUCCCUGAGCUAGAGAGAGCUGUUAUUUGGAAGCGUUGGGGUAUGAAUGCCUCCAAGGUGAGAAAAAUCCAAAGGAAGUUGGAACGCUUCCCUCGUGCAUCCCCAAACGCACAAAUUGUCUGCAUGGACAAUUACUAUGAGCCUAUGCAUAAGGACGGGUUGGAUACCCAUGGUUUUAGGUUUAUGCAAACUUAUUAGUAUGGCGAAUAUAAUCUCUAAGUGUGCAAUUUGGUUGCAACUUUGAAAUGUAAGCAAUGGUUGUAGUGUUGGAAGUUGAAAUGUUUUCUAAGUUGUUCAGCAUGAGGUAUUUGUAAUCAGCAAGCAUUGUGGGCAAGAAUGUUCCUCUAUUUUUUUUUUUU